GCUUUACUGAAGCUGUAAACAAUUCAUCAUUUGGCAUUUUGUAUGGCUUCAAGGAUUCAACUGGGUCCUAGGAAAGCUGCGGUGCUUUAAGUUCCAGAGGUCGAAGAACCGACGAUUUGAUAAUGAAUGGAAUAUUUCUUUGACUUGUUAUAUCGAUGAUAAAUGAUACGAUUUGAACAAUCGGUUAGCUAUAUAAGUAUCCAAGAAACACUGCUAGUGACAGUAAUCAGUUAUUUGUGAAGAUGUCUUCAGCAAAAACAAUUUAUGAUUUCACUGUGAAGAAUGCAGAUGGGAAAGAUGUUUCGCUCGAAAAAUAUCGAGGUAAACCAGUAGUAAUUGUAAAUGUUGCAUCACAGUGUGGCUUGACGAAUUCCAAUUAUACCGAGCUCAAAGAAUUGAUGGAACAUUACAAGGAUAAAGGUUUAGCAGUAGCAGCCUUUCCGUGUAACCAGUUCGGUGGGCAGGAACCAAAGUGUGAAUUGGAAGUAAAAAGCUUUGUUGCUGAUAAAUUUCAUUUUGAACCUGAUUUAUAUGGCAAAAUUGAUGUCAAUGGUAAAAAUGCUGCACCGCUGUUUGAUUUCUUGAAGCACGAAAAGGGUGGAUUGUUUGGUGAUAAUAUCAAAUGGAAUUUCACAAAAUUCCUGAUUGACCAGGAAGGACAUCCGGUAAAGCGUUAUGCACCAACAACUUCACCCAAACAUAUGAUGAAAGACAUCGAUGACCUUCUCAAGAAUUGAAAUUAGUUCCUCUUAUCGGAAAUUAUCGCCCGUAAUUCGAUGGAAAGAUGUAAUUAGUGCAUGUUGUGAGAACCGUACAUUUCAUUCAUUUUGUAAUACUUACUGGAAGUUUUCUGUCUCAUCCAUUUUAGAACCGUACUUUCUUCAAUUUCCCCCGAGAUUAUUUCUCUGCAGUUUCUUUCAAGAUUAUUUCUCCACCUUUGCUUUUCUCUUUUCCAUUGCUUUCUUUUUCGGUAUCAUUGUAACUACUUUAACAGUACUUCAUUACUGUUACGGUUAGCACAUUUUCCUUUGACAUAAAAACCUUUUCCUAGCCUUAAAUUGAAAUACUUUAUCAUUUUGCAGAAAU